AUGUUAAUAUUCAUUUUGUUAUCAUUAGCUUAGGCUCAAAUUUAAGAUGAAAAAUAACUGACAAAUGCUGCUUGUGUUAUCUUUUCUAGAUAUUAUUUGCAAUCCAAUUAAGCUUUGGCUGGAAAAGUUAUAGGAGAGAUGAUUUAAUAGUAAGGAUUAUCAUAAGAAGAAGCUGUAAUGUCAGCUGUUGCUUCUUUAGUUGAAUAAUGUUUAGAGAGCAUCUCUACAUAAGAGACAAUGGAGGUAAGAGUUAUUUUAUUCAAUAGAUUAUUCAAUAAUUACAAACAUAAAAAAUAAAUUUAGAAGCUCAUAAACAUUUAGUUGAAAAAGCGGAUUUAAGCAAGUUUGGAUCAAAAAAGAAGAGCUCUAAAAAAAAUGAAAUUAUGAAGAUCAUAAAAUCAAUUGAUGAUAUGAUUAACUAAUAAAAAAAAGACUUUGAAGGUGGUGAUGAUGGAAAUGAUUAAUCAGAUUCAGGAAGAAAGAGAUAGCGUAAUAAAAAUAAAUCAUAAGAAAUAUCUGAUUUAUCAAUUUUUGAAUUAAAAGAAUGGCUUGUUCUCUCUUCAUUUGGUUUAGUAGGUGUUUUACUUUCAUAUAUAAGUAAAUUAUGUUUUAUAAUAUUUUUAGUUUGUUGUGUUCCUGAAAGAAAUAAAAAAGAAAAGAAAGAAAAAAAGAAAGUUAAAGCAAAAGAAUUUGAUGCAGAUAAAUCAUCACCUAAAAGAUAGGGAGAAAAAAAUUCAUCUGAAGAUGAAUCCUCUCCAAAAGAAGGUGUAGAUAAUAAAGACAAAGAGAAAGUAGAGUGAAUGUAUAUUUAUAUUAAGUAAAAC